GAACUGCAGACUUCUUACCUGAAUUACAAAUGUCAAAAGGUGGUUUAAGUGCUAUGAUGGGGCUGGUCAAGUAUGUGGAACCACUGCAUAAUGUUAUUGGUAAAGCCAAUGCAUGGAUUCAAGCACAGCAAGGUAUAAGAAUAGUUAACACACAGACUGUUGAUGUCAAGAUGCAGAAAAAUGCAUUUUCAGGUCCAGUUGUAAUUGAUUCACAGAGAUCAUUCUUUGUUGAGUAUGGUAAAGGUACCACAUGCUAUGUGCGAACAGUGCGGGUUGUUUUUGUGAAGCCUCGUACACCCCUUCCACCAUCACCACCACUCAUGCUGACUUACAGGAAUUUUGUGCCUCAUCAGUUGUCAAGUGGUGGCAUGCUUUCAGUGCCACAAUUUGAAGAUCAGAAUCAAACUAUGGCAAGAAUGAUUGCUUGGUUGAAUGCAACUGGGGCAAUAGCUGUUGGUGCUGAGACUAUUGAGAUAAAAAUUGGAGAAUCAGAAGGUGAUCAGUCCAUGUUUUAUUAUAAUCGUGGAAAUUUUAAUGAACUGUACCUAAGUAUUCUUCGUGUGUAUUUACAUGGUGUAUAUCAGGAACCCCCACCUGAGAGCUUACCUUCUCCUGCAAUGAUGGCUUCAAAAUCCAAAUCAGACUGUAUUGUCAUAAAAUCCAGCGAAGAAGAGGCUUCAGGGGCAACGUCUGCCAAACAAGUGGUUUUUCAACUUCCACCAAAAGUUACGGCAUCAAUGCAACCGGUAGUAGAGAAAACAGACAAACAGGUUAACCUUGGUAUAAUAAAAGCCAACCCUUCCUCCAGCAAAGGUGUGAUUGAGAUAAUGCGACAUCUUGGACAGUAUGUACCAUCACAAAAUGGAAAACCCCUCUAUAACGUUGUAUGUCACGGUGAUCAAUUAUCAAUUGAACGUAUGGUUGAUGCCAAGUUUGCUAUGGCAUAUGGUUAUUGGUUUUGUUCAGAUGACUGUCAAGUUAAAGGGCCUUUAUCAAAGCCAGACCAGGACACCGGUGCUGACUACCUCUUCAAUUACUCCUGUCAUGCAUUAUGGAGAGGGUUAUUCCAUAUGGCAGAAAGAGAUGCAGAACGGGAAAACGAUGGUCCCGCAAUGAUGUCGAAUUGGAGAGUUUCAAUGUCAGAUUUCUGGGAAAAUAACCAUUAUAAAUAUCUUAUAAUUGGCCAUAGAUUGCUAGCAUGUAUAAAUGGUUAUGUUUCGCCAAGGCAAGGAGAAGAAAUGCUUUGGAAUAGCACUGCUAACCUGAAAGGAGGAGCUGGGAACAACAUACCGCUAGAUCUUGUUAACGAGUUUCUAAAUAAUGACUUUAAACAGAACCUAAAACACUGCCAUGGUCGUUACACAGACACCCAUGUUGCUAGAUUUAGUCAGCUGGUUGGAAGAUUGUCCACAAACUUAGAAUGUGUUUACAUGACCCAAUUCAUGGACGAAUGUGUUCAUAAAGCUAAAACUACAUCUGCUAAUUACAGACGAGACGUCUCCAAAUUUGUAAAGGAGUACAGAGACGAAUGGCAUAUUUCAACAAAUUCCGGGUCGGUAUCACGCUGGAUUUUCCAACUUUCGGAAUAA